GGGUCCCCCUCUUGUCCACCGGGGUUGAAGGGCUGGGGGUGGGUGGGAACUGGGUGCAGUUACAACGAACUCGGUGGAGUUACCUGCCCUCCGCCCCCCCCUCACCACCACCACCAUCCUGCCCUCCCUUUCUGCAGCAUAACCUCCGCCCUCAGCCCCCUGCCUGCGCGCCGGCACCACCCCACUCCACCCCACCUCCUUCGCGGUCCGCUCGAGUCCGCCGCGUUUAUCGCCCCCUGGCGGCCACCACGGGGACUCACGCACGCACUCGCUGCACACACACACACACAUACAUACAUCUAUCUACACACUCUCACACUCAAAAAGAAAAACUGGGUGAGGCAGAUGCAAUAAGGCAAAGGGAGGAAAAUCGUUAGAGAAGAGGGCGAAGAGGAGGGAGGAGUCGAGCGGAACGGCCAUUCUUGCCUCGCUGGGUCCCAGCUGGCCCUGCAGAAGAAAAAAAUAGGAGAGUGUGUGGAGUGGGCGUGUGAGGGUGAAGGGACGCAGGGCGAGGGCUGCUAUUGUCUCUCGGGCGGCAGCAGCAGCGGUAGCGGCAGCGGCAGCGGCAGCAGCAGCCCGGUGGGGGGCGGGCAGAGGAGAGGGAGAGGGGGAGGAGAAGGCGGCGUCGGCGGCAGCGGCAGCGGCAGCGGCCAGCAAGGGAGCAAGCGGGUGAGCGAAGGAGGGAGCGAGCGCACCAUUCUCUUCACCUGAUCUCCGGGCGGGGGUGCACGCAGCCAGCGCAGGGCGAGAAGCCGGAGUCAGAGAGGCAGCCGCCCGUGCAGCACCAGCCCCAGCACCAGCCCCAGCCACUGCCGCCACCCACCAUGUCCUACCAGGGCAAGAAGAACAUUCCCCGGAUCACGGUCUUCAGGGGUGGAGACUUGAAGGACUAAGAUUUAAAGCAGGAUGGGAAUAGUGACCGUCUUCUUAUUAAAGGGGGCAGAAUUGUCAAUGAUGACCAGUCCUUUUAUGCAGACAUCUACAUGGAAGAUGGCUUAAUAAAGCAAAUUGGGGACAAUCUGAUUGUACCUGGAGGAGUGAAGACCAUUGAAGCUCAUGGGAAGAUGGUAAUCCCUGGAGGCAUAGAUGUUCAUACUCAUUUCCAGAUGCCGUACAAGGGAAUGACCACAGUAGAUGACUUCUUCCAAGGGACUAAAGCUGCCUUGGCUGGUGGGACCACCAUGAUCAUUGAUCAUGUGGUCCCUGACCCAGAAUCCAGCCUGAUCGAAGCCUUUGAGAAAUGGCGAGAAUGGGCUGACGGGAAGACCUGCUGCGACUACUCCUUGAAUGUGGACAUCACUCAUUGGAAUGACCGUGUCAAGCAAGAAGUGCAGAACCUCAUCAAGGACAAAGGAGUCAACUCCUUCAUGGUUUACAUGGCCUACAAGGAUCUGUAUCAGGUCUCUAACACAGAGCUCUAUGAAAUCUUUACCUGCCUCGCAGAGCUGGGGGCCAUUGCUCAAGUUCAUGCAGAAAAUGGAGAUAUCAUUGCGCAGGAACAAACCCGGAUGUUGGAAAUUGGAAUAACUGGUCCUGAAGGCCAUGUACUGAGUAGACCAGAGGAGCUGGAAGCUGAGGCUGUUUUUCGGGCAAUCACCAUUGCCAGUCAAACCAACUGCCCUCUCUACAUCACCAAGGUCAUGAGCAAGAGUGCUGCGGACCUCAUCUCUCAAGCCCGGAAGAAAGGAAAUGUUGUGUUUGGGGAACCCAUCACAGCCAGCCUUGGCACAGACGGGACACACUAUUGGAGCAAGAAUUGGGCCAAAGCAGCUGCUUUUGUGACGUCUCCUCCACUGAGCCCUGACCCCACCACUCCGGACUAUAUCAACUCCUUGUUGGCAAGUGGGGACCUGCAGAUUGCUGGGAGCGCCCACUGCACAUUUAGCACAGCUCAGAAGGCAAUCGGAAAGGACAAUUUCACUGCCAUCCCCGAGGGUACAAAUGGCGUGGAAGAGCGCAUGUCUGUCAUCUGGGACAAGGCUGUGGCCACUGGGAAAAUGGAUGAAAAUCAGUUUGUAGCUGUGACAAGUACCAAUGCCUCCAAGAUCUUCAACUUGUAUCCUCGGAAGGGGAGAAUAUCUGUGGGUUCUGAUAGUGACCUGGUCAUUUGGGAUCCAGAUGCUGUGAAGAUUGUUUCAGCCAAGAACCAUCAGUCGGCUGCUGAAUAUAACAUUUUUGAAGGGAUGGAGCUUCGAGGAGCACCCCUGGUGGUCAUUUGCCAGGGCAAGAUCAUGCUGGAGGAUGGCAAUCUUCAUGUGACCCAGGGGGCUGGGCGCUUUAUUCCCUGUAACCCUUUCUCUGACUUUGUCUAUAAGCGCAUUAAAGCUCGGAGGAAGAUGGCUGAAAUGCACGCUGUGCCAAGGGGCAUGUAUGAUGGGCCGGUGUUUGACUUGACCACCACUCCUAAAGGAGGCACCCCUGCAGGAUCCACCAGGGGGUCACCUACUCGCCAGACCCCACCAGUGAGAAAUCUUCAUCAGUCAGGAUUUAGCCUUUCAGGUACCCAGGUGGAUGAAGGAGUCCGCUCUGCCAGCAAGCGUAUUGUGGCACCCCCAGGAGGCCGUUCUAAUAUAACAUCCCUGAGUUAAGUGACCCUCAAAGAGGAUGGAGAAGCAAGGAAAGAUUUUUCAAAGCCAAAAUGGUACAUUGGUAUUUAAAAAAGAAAGUGAAUCCAAACAGUUCCAAUCUGAAGAAUCAAUAAGCCUUCAAGCCUUAUGGUUUUUUUUUCUCCCAAUGCUACUCGCUUGCCUAGCUUUAAGAAUAUCGCUUCAUUUUUUUUUUGCAUAGCCUUGAGAGGUUUUUUUUUUCUCUUCUACAUGCAUGCAGUAAGAUGAGUCACUAAGUUAAGAGUCUGUAACCUUACAUAUGUGUUGCAAGCUUGUGUACUGCUGAGUUAUAAGAUGGGGGAUAGACAAAGCUGGGAGGACAGGGAACCAAAAGAUAGAACAAAAGGGAACCAAGCCGCUUGGGGUGGAAGGGUGGUGGGAGCCCUGGCAGAGGGGCAAGGGGGUGGGCUGAGUAAGGGAGGUGGGUGGGCCAAGGGAAAGGAAAGGGGGAUAUUGUGUAUUGUGUUGAGUACUUCUGUUUCCGAUGAAGCCAGUCCGGCAUGGCCACCGUCAUCACCUCGCUACAUCAUGGUACCACGGGGCCUCCAGAGAAGGCAAGCAGUUUCUGUCACGUAGCCUUUGUCACAUUGCCUCUUAAUCUGAUUUGUGUUACUUUGUACAUUUUAUUAAAAAACGAAAGGCAAUCAUUUCUUUCCACCUGUUUGGUCGCCCCCAUUCUUUGUGGUCUCUUGCUCAGUUAUUUCAAGACCUCCUCCCUCUCUGGACUGAGGAGCGGGGACGUACUUCUGUUUUCUCCCUUCCUGCCCAGGGUCCUGCCAGGUGACCCAGCAAGGGUGGGCAUGGAUAAAGAGUAACUAACUGCCCACUGGGGGAUGAAUCACUCUUGCAUACUGAUGACAGGAUAUCAACACGAGGACAUUUUAAUGCAUAAAAGCAGGUUGUCAACUUGGAUGUGGCCAAAAGAAAGUUCCAUCAAGCCUCUUGGGGGAAGGGGAACCAAGCCAAGUGGGUCUGAGCAAUUGAUUCUCUUAAUUUCUUGAAGCUGUAUGCUUCAGAUUGGAUGGAAGGAUUUUUUUUUUUAAGCAGGAAUUUUCCUAAACAUCACUUGAAUUUUGAGGUCCCAUAAAGGUUAGGAAAGGGUGGAUCUUGUGUUCCACCAUAGCAAAAUGUAGAGGUUGGACCAGAUAAUUUCUAAGGUCUCUUCUAGGAUUUAAGUCUGUGAUCAUAGGGCAAAUUUUCUAAUGAAAAAGAGUUAGAGAAGUGGGGUCUUACAUAUACCUUCUUUUGACUUCUGAGUUCAGACAUUGAUUAUCCACUGCUAGUCAUUUACUUGCUAUUCAUGGUUUUUAUUUUCAGAUUUCUGACCCAAGGAGGGCAAUUAAUUGAAUAGACAAAUCCAAAGGAACAGAGAAAAGGGCUCCCAAUGCUUUUAGGGUGUCCUUGACACUCUAGCUCAUGCUGAGAGAGAGGAAGGGACACUUUCCUGCCCCCCUCCCCCCCUCCUACCCAGGGUCCCCAGACUUGAAAAAAGAUCAGAACCAUUAGACCAAGUAUUCCAGCUGCUGGUCUAUAUUGUGAUUCAGACCAGAAAAGAAAAAGGGAACAGAAAGGAUUGAAAAUGAUGAAGGGAAUAUUUUAAUGAAUUGAAAUUUCUUUCUAAAUCAUUUAGAAUGAUGUCCUCAUCUCUUAAGAGCUUUUAGAUUUUAAUCUUCUGGAAUGAAGACAAGAGCCUAGUUCCUUAGGAGAGGAUUGAAGUAUAAAAUCUGUGCAUCUUCCCCAGGCACCUUGUUGACUGGGCAAUUUGUGUCUUUAAGGGCCAACCUUUAGUGACACCUUGAAAGGUUAUUCACCAUAUUAUCUUUUCUUGUUUUCCUAUGUUUUGUCCAGGUCUAGAUAUUAUACAGGCUAAGAGAAAGUAGCAGUUUAGAUUUGUUUCAUCCUUGGAUAAGGGAAGGGGUAAAAUCAUGCUUCUAUCAGUUGGGGCUCAUUGUUCCCAGAUAUACAUCUUUGGCCUUUUGCAUUUACCCUGAGAUGGCCUCUGGUCCAAAUUGGGUUAUGCAGAGACCCUUGCUAGUUCUCUAAGAUUUCCUUGUAAUCCCAAAUCAUUGCCACAAGAUAGCGCUAACAUUACAGAAAUGAAAAUCUCCCAUCUUUCUGCCUCUCCUCAGAAGGGGCUAACCCAUUUAUGGCCCAAGCAAGCCCUAUCCUUUUUUUUCAUGGUUGCCUAUCCACUGUAGGGGUGCCUGCCUUUUGUUAUUGAGAGUCUGACAUGAAAGAAUUGUUUGGGACCUCUCCAUUUGUACAUGCAGAUUAAUUCUAUAAGCUAUAGAGAUUAUCCUUGGGCUGUGGGGGAACCAGACCAAAAGAUUCAAAGGUAGAUCUCAUCUUUGUUCAUUUUGAUAGCAACUUGACAAAACCCAGCAAUUUUAGGUAAAAAAAGAAAUCUCCAUCAUCUUGCUGAAUUUGACUUCCAUUGAAUGAAUUGCUUGGGUUUUGGAGCUUUUUGUCUUAUUUUUUUAAUGGUCAGAUUUCUUGCUGAGCAAUAGCAGGAAAGAAAAUGACAUCAAGUAAUGCCCUACUGUCCAAAAAAUUCAGCAGGCCUCUCCUUCAGGGGUCAGUAAAAAGUAGGAGAAAUAAAUGACUCACAGCACGAACUUGUAGAGAUUAAAGCUCUGGGCUCUGGAGCUAGUUUUGCCAGAGUUUUCAUUAUGAAAUAUAAUACACAAUUCUAUAAUUCUCUCUCCAACUCUUCAAGCCCUCUUCUCCUUGAGGGAGGGCUCUCAGAUGGCCUUUUUCAGCCUUAGUUUGCCAUCUACCAUCCCAUCCUUUGCCUGAGCCCUAUGAUCUCUGAUCCUGUGACUUCUGGAAAAUCCCUGCUUUCACUCUUGAUCCAGGCCCCUCUGGUCCUAGAUAUUAGCAGUUCCUGGAGUGGUGGGCAGGAGCAGGUGCUAAUGAAUUGUUACCUGCCCCACCACUAUAAAUUAAAUUUAAAUAAGAAGAUGGCAGUGGUAAUAGUGAGCAAAUAUAUGCUCUCUCCAUCGUCCCACCUCACAGGUAUUUUAUCUUUGAUUUUAUUGUGAGGUUGGGCUCUCCUAGUCCAGAAAUAACGUGCCUGGCAGAAUUAAUUUCCAACUUCCUUACACUGCCAAGGGUUGUCUUAAGUUUUCUCCAUGGGAAGACCCAAGAUGGAUUCCCAAAUAUACUCACUGACUGUUGUGGACAGCCAGCCAACAUUUAUUGUAUAUUUCCCCUCCUUCCCCCCAACUCCCUCUAUUGACAUAUGGUUUGUGGGUGUCAAGUUCUUGUAUCUGGUGAAUAUAAUAAAAGGACGGACAAGUGAGCCUUCCUGUGGUCUGUGGUUGCUGUGAAGCAGCUCCCGUGUGGAAGAGCUGUUUGGUUUGAACCGUAAAGAAAACAGUAUUUUGAGUUUAGCUGAAGAAAAGUUCAUCCAAGUGACUGUUACUGUAAACCUGGUUAUUAAAAUAAUUGUAAAACAGUA